GGUGAGAGACGCCGAGAAAUAUGCAAAGGCAGGAAGUGGAGACGGCAAGGGCCAGUGCGGGAGAUUAAUGGGAACCAGGAACCCAGCUGCCAACAAAGGAACCGGCUCCCUGGGGCUGGCUCGGCAGCCUUCGGCUGGAGCCCGUCUGGUCCACGGCAGCCAAGACUACAGAAUGCCGUGGAGGCUUUGCAAAGGGGACGGAGCCACUGACAUCUUCAGACCGCAGCCCCCUUCCCGCCCCCCAUCCCUUCUCCGAAGGAAACGUGGGACGGCUCACUCGCUGCAGUUCCCAGGAUCACCGCGGACCUAGAGGGAUCCAGGCAGCACUGCAGACUGUAAACUGGCGAUCUCGAGAGGAAUGGUCAUGAUUGGUGACCAGAAGUUUCUACAAGGAGCUUGAGAAGCAAUUUGCUAUCAUUUCCCCUUGCCUCUCAAAGGCUCUCCCAAGCCAGGACCAUCUGGUUCCAAUCACUUAAAAAGCAGGAAACAAAGAAUGGAGUCCCGUUCCAUAAGUAUGAACCAUCAUCGAAUGUCACGCACAGCAACACUGGCCCAGGAAGUACUGGAACGAGCAAAAAAACGGAAAGUGAUCUGGCCAGGGCCUGUGGGACCCCAAAGGAGAUCUUUUCAAGGAAGUGACAAUGAAGAUGUGUGUCUCAAUGCUGCUUUUGCUUCAGUUGCAGAAUACAUGGGCCAUAUAUCAGAAGAAUGUGAGAAAUACUAUUGUUGUGUGCCACCAUUUCAGUUCAAAGAAUAUGAAGUUGCACAUGUCUUUAGAUACCAUGGACGACUAGCAUCUGAAAGCUUGCUAAAAGCAUUUGAAGAUGAAGAAAAUAAAACAUGCCCAAUUGUGGAAGAACCUGGGUGUUCUGAUACAGAAGCACUGGUUCCAGCAAAGACCUCAGAACAAAAGGAUAUCUGCAUUGAAGUUUUCCCCGGCACCUACACUAUCUCCGUAUCUUCAGGUGAAGACCAAAUCAAACAAACACAUGUGGUAGGCAUUCAGCCGGGACAAAGUGUAAAUUUGUCCUUUGAUUUAUGAUCUGUCUUUUUUAAAAAACUGCUAAACAAUGUACCAAAUGAAAUGGAAGCUUCAGUGUCUUGCCGUGUAUUCUAUGAGCACUUUACUGUCCUAUCUGCCAUAUUUUGAUCAUGGUCUUUAGGCUUUUUAUCUUGCCUGUACAUAAAUAUGUAUUGUAACUGUGUAUAACCUGAAAUUUUGUCUAUAUUAAUGGAAUCAUGUGUUAAAGUUCUACUUUUAUGCUAUGCAAUAAACUUGAGCAGAAUAUUUUUUUAAA